GGAGGGUGGGGCGUGGGAACACUUCCGCCCCUCACUGACAUGGGGAUGGGCGCGCAGUGCGCAUGAGCGGCGGCCCAUGGAGAACCGCGGUUCGGGGAGCGAGGACACUGUCUUUGGACGCAUCAGCGGCGGCGCUGGGCAGGGCUUAGCACUGGGGCCUGUGGAGCAGGAGAUACGAAGACUUCCAAAGAAGAACCAGUUCCUUGGAUGUGCUCCCUCACAGAGAGAUGAAGGGGCAGCAGAAGACAGCUGAAACUGAGGAGGGCACUGUGCAGAUUCAGGAAGGUGCAGUGGCAACUGGGGAAGACCCCACCAGUGUGGCAAUUGCCAGCAUCCAGUCUGCUGCCACCUUCUCUGACCCCAACGUCAAGUACGUCUUCCGAACUGAGAAUGGGGGCCAGGUGAUGUACAGGGUGAUUCAGGUGUCUGAGGGGCAGCUGGAUGGGCAGACUGAGGGCUCUGGUGCCAUCAGUGGCUACCCUGCCACUCAGUCCAUGACCCAGGCGGUGAUCCAGGGGGCAUUUACCAGUGACGAUGCAGUGGAUGCUGAGGGGACGGCUGCUGAGACACACUACACUUACUUUCCCAGCACUGCUGUGGGGGACGGAGCAGGGAGCACUGCCUCAGGGAGCACAGCUGCUGUGGUCACUACUCAGGGCUCUGAGGCCCUGCUGGGGCAGGCCACACCUCCAGGCACUGGCCAGUUCUUUGUGAUGAUGUCGCCCCAGGAAGUGCUGCAGGGAGGCAGCCAGCGCUCCAUCGCACCCAGGACCCACCCCUACUCCCCGAAGUCUGAAGCUCCCAGGACAACCAGGGAUGAGAAACGCAGGGCUCAGCACAAUGAAGUGGAGCGCCGCCGCCGGGACAAGAUCAACAACUGGAUUGUUCAACUCUCCAAGAUCAUCCCUGACUGCUCCGUGGAGAGCACCAAGUCUGGCCAGGUCCAGGGAGCCCCCGGAGCAAAGGCGGCAUCCUGUCCAAAGCCUGCGACUAUAUCCAGGAGCUGCGGCAGAGCAACCACCGCCUGUCAGAGGAGCUGCAGGGCCUUGACCAGCUGCAGCUGGAUAAUGACGUGCUGCGCCAGCAGGUGGAGGAUCUCAAGAACAAGAACCUGUUGCUGCGUGCUCAGUUGCGCCACCACGGGGUGGAGGUCGUCAUCAAGAAUGACAGCAACUAACUUUGAGGGGAACAUAGGGCUCAAGGCUCCCCACCCCCUUGCAAGAACUGCAGAGUCUGGGAGCAGCAGGCUAAGCUGUGCCUCUUUUCUUGGCAGCCCACCCCCCAGCAUGGAGCUGGGGGCACAGAGGAGUGGCUUUGGACAUGGUCCGGGAGUGAUGCUUGUGGACCUGCAAGGGAUAGCCUUGGCCACCCAUUCCAGGCAGCCCUCCCAUGUACCUGAGUGCAGGAGACUAUGCGCACUGGGGGCUUGUGUUUGGGAACAGAUUCAGUGACAAGCCAGGCUCUGGCUGGCCCCGGGACUCCACACAUCCAUGGCUCUUCUGUCUCUGGAGCUCAGAUGGCCACUGGGGACAGGCUUUAGGGAAAUGCAGGAAAAGGAUGCUGAGCAGCAUCAGUCACAGGCGGAGGAACUCUGACAGCAGGCAGCGGAAGUCGCUGGAACCAGAGAAAAGGCAGAGGCCCCCUGGGGGCCUUCCCCAUUGGGGGCCAUUUCUUUUUCUUUUCCCUUUCAUUUUCUCUCCUUUGUUCUUUCUUUUUUUUUUAAGAUAAAAUAUUCAGUCACAA